CAAAAUGCAAUGGACCAGCGAGAGCGACAGGAAAGAUGGGCGCCCUUAAAUAGGAACUGCUAAACCAAUCGGAAAGCAGGAGCCGGUGGGUUUCGCGGAUUCGCCCGCUUUCCUUCUUGCCGUUGGGAAUCGCCUCAUGCGCGAGAAUUAUGGAUCCAAACUUGUUACGAGAACGAGAACUUUUCAAGAAACGAGCACUCUGUACACCUGCUGUAGAGAAACGUCCAACACCUUCUUCUGAUUCCUCAUCUUCUAAAAAGAAGAAAGCCAAAGUAGAACAGAGUGGUUCAUCAAGUUCAAAACCAAAUACAGACCACAGCAAUGGAACUUUUAAUUUGAAAGCUCUUUCUGGAGGCUCUGGCUACAAGUUUGGAGUGCUUGCAAAGAUAGUGAACUAUAUGAAGACACGACAUCAACGUGGUGAUAGCCAUCCAUUAACUCUAGAAGAAAUAUUAGAUGAAACACAGCACUUAGAUAUUGGACUGAAGCAGAAACAGUGGUUAAUGAGUGAGGCUCUUGUCAGCAAUCCUAAAAUAGAAGUUAUAGAUGGGAAAUAUGCUUUCAAGCCUAAGUAUAACUUAAAAGAUAAAAAGGCCCUGUUGAGGCUUUUGGAUAAGCAUGAUCAACGAGGAUUAGGAGGAAUUCUUUUGGAAGAUAUUGAGGAAGGUCUUCCUAAUGCACAAAAAGCAAUUAAGGCUUUAGGAGACCAAAUCAUCUUUGUUACCCGUCCUGAUAAGAAGAAAAUCCUAUUCUACAAUGAUAAAAGCUGUCAAUUUACAGUGGAUGAAGAAUUUCAAAAACUUUGGAGGAGUGUUCCUGUGGAUUCUAUGGAUGAAGAGAAGAUAGAAGACUACCUGAAACGCCAGGGUAUUUCUUCCAUGCAAGAUGUAGGCCCAAAGAAAAUAGCUCCUAUCCAAAAGAGGAAGAAGCCAGCAUCUCAGAAGAAACGGAGAUUCAAAACUCACAAUGAUCAUUUGGCUGGUGUAUUGAAGGAUUAUUCUGAUGUAGUUCCUGGCAAAUAAAUUGGUCUUCUGAACUGAACUGUUAUGUUGAUGUGGAUGCUUAGGACACAGAUAUCCUUUGUAUAUCUGAUGUGGGUCUUUCCUCUUCCAUUUCUGUAGCAGAUGAAAAGCAACAACUUUUGGGAUCAAGAAUAAACUAUUCAUCAUAACAUUUACUUUACCGGUUAAUAUAAACUUGGAUCAGAGCCAUUCAUUAUCAGUAGACUUCUGAUAUUGGGGGUAAAUAUAUUUAGCAUGUAAUGCUGAGCUUCAUGUUCAUCAGUUAAAAUUUCUUUGAAGAAUUCUUUGGCAUUCUAUGGCAAUUUAUUCAGUUGGAGUAACCUAGAUAAACCUUAAGAUUUUUGAUGUCAAGAAAACAUGUUUCUAAUAAA